GUGGCUCAACGUGGAGGAGCAGCCGGCCGGUGGAUGCCACAUCACGGCGUGGGCUGCACACAAAGGAGCCCAAGCAUGUGGCUGCUGCAGCAGCUGCCUUUCCUCGUGGGGGCCCUGAUCAGCCGUGGGGGUCCCGCUUCCUCGCUCUACGGACCGGGUCUGGCAAAAUGCGUGGAUAUCAGCUUGGGUUCCUGUAAUGAUGUAGCUUAUUCAAAAACAAUUUACCCUAAUUUGCUGGAUCAGAAGUCCAGACAAGUGAUUGAAUACAGCUCUGAAUACACCUUGACAAGUGUGCUCCACAACCUGCUGCAGGGAGAAUGCAAUCCUGAUCUGAGGCUUCUGAGCUGCUCUAUUAUGGCCCCAAAGUGUGAAGAGGGCAAAAUCAUUAAGCCAUGUCGCAACGUCUGUGAAACUCUCCGAAAAAAUUGCCUUCCUGCUUUUGAUGCAAUUGACAUGGCUUGGCCAUACUUCUUAGAUUGUGAUCGCUUCUUUGUGGAUGAAGUAGAAGGAUGCUUUGAUCCGUUAGCAAAGCUGCGAGGGGAGACAGAACUUGCAGAAGAUGUCCUCAAUGAAGCACCAACAUUUAUUCAUUUCACCCAUCACUCAUUCCCCCAAAUGGUGAGAAUAUUGAAAAAAAUAGCAUCCAGAUGUUCCCACAUUGCCAAGAUGUACAGCAUUGGCCGCAGCUUUGAAGGGAAAGACCUCUUUGUUAUGGAGUUUUCUACUAGCCCUGGACAUCAUGAAUUGUUUAAGCCAGAGUUCAAAUACAUUGGCAAUAUGCAUGGAAAUGAAGUUGUGGGGAAAGAAUUACUGAUCUAUCUUGCCCAGUAUCUGUGCUCUGAAUAUCUACUUGGGAACACCAGGAUCCAGACAUUGAUCAACAACACUCGAAUUCACCUUCUUCCUUCCAUGAAUCCAGAUGGAUACGAACUUGCAGCAGAAGAGGGAGCUGGCUACAAUGGAUGGACGAAUGGGAGACAAACAGCUCAGAAUCUUGACCUUAACAGGAACUUUCCAGAUUUGACAUCUGAAUUUUACAGAAUUGCAAAGAUCAGAGCAGCACGUACAGACCACCUUCCCAUUCCACAAUCUUACUGGUGGGGUAAGGUUGCACCAGAGACAAAAGCUGUUAUGAAGUGGAUCAAGUCUAUCCCAUUUGUAUUGUCUGCCAGUCUUCAUGGGGGUGAUUUGGUGGUUUCUUAUCCUUAUGAUUAUUCAGUACAUCCCCUGGAAGAGAAAAUGUUCUCCCCAACCCCUGAUGAGAAGCUUUUCAAAUUGUUGUCUAAAACCUAUGCAGAUGCACACCCUGGCAUCUCAGACAAAUCAGAAAUGCGUUGUGGAGGAAACUUUGUGAAACGAGGCGGCAUCAUAAAUGGUGCUGAGUGGUACAGUUUUACUGGAGGAAUGGCAGAUUUUAAUUACCUUCAUACAAACUGUUUCGAAAUUACUGUGGAGCUUGGAUGUGAAAAGUUUCCUCUGGAUGAGGAACUGUAUUCACUCUGGCAGGAAAACAAAGAAGCCCUCCUGAAAUUCAUGGAAAUGGUUCAUCGUGGAAUAAAGGGAAUUGUUUCUGACAAAUUUGGAAACCCAAUAAAAAACGCUCGAAUUGCAGUCAAAGGCAUCCGCCAUGAUAUCCUUACAGCUGCUGAUGGAGACUACUGGAGACUCCUGCCUCCUGGUACAUACAUUGUCAGUGCUCAGGCUCGUGGCUAUAGUAAAGUCCUGAAGAAGGUGACAUUGCCUACCAAGAUGAGCAGGGCUGGACGGGUCGACUUUGUCUUGCGACCCCUCAAUGGUAAGCCCCCCCCAAUUGUCCAUGAGCGAUAUGAUCCACUGGAACACUUUGACCCACAUGCCCAGCCAGAACCAAGAGAAGGCAGAGGGCAAUCUGGACAUCCGAGAGAAAAGCCCUGGUGGUGGUCGUACUUCAGUUCUCUAGAUCAACAGAAACCUUUGUGGCUACUUAAACAUCACUAAACUAUUUUAUGUUGCACCCUUCUCUUGACUGCACUACCAGUUAACUGUAUUUCCAAUACUACUUUGGAUGUUAAUUGAAGUAUUUGGAUAUGAUUACUCUAUUAAUAUAACAUUAUCUUGCUAUGGUUUUUCUGCCCUUUUUUAUUUCUCUGCUUGCAAGAAUGCGUAUUAAAAUUA